CGGGGGACUCAAGCCGACGCCCGACGAUGGGAUGCAACCUCGUCACCGAAUGUCAGCGGAUACGAAACAAGACGAUAAAACCCGGUCUGGGCCGCUCUCACCUGCGUCUUGAGCCCUCUCCUUGGACCGAGACCAGGCACCCUUCUCACGGUCAAUUCCAGAAGCGCCUGUGCUCAGAACCAAGAUGCCGCGUCUCUCGUACAAUCCCGUGGCGGCGCUGCUGCUCGUCGGCGCCGCCAUCACGGCCGCCGUGCCCUGCACGCCCCGCGACCCGUUCGAGCCAAUUGACCCGCAAAACUGGGUGAACCCGGAAAACAUGACCUGGGCCGACUACAAGCAAAUUCCCGGCACAAACUGGUCUGACCCGAGCCGUAGGGGAUCCAGCAGGAACUUCAACAUUGCCCUCGUGACGAUCGACUACACCGACAGGCCAUUCAUUGUCACGCAGGCGACGCAAUCCACCAUCUUUGGGAACCCGCAGCCCGAGGUCUCUGGGCUGAAGAGGGAGGAUGUGCCCGAGUACUACAAGGAAUUGCUCAACGUCCCCACUGAGCUCAACCGCGGCCACACCCUGCACGAGUAUUGGAUGGAGGACUCGGCCGGCAAGUUUGGAGUCGACCUUACAUCUUUCGGGCCUUAUCAGAUGCCCAGGCUUGCAUACCAGUAUGGUGUAACAAAUGACUUCAACCAGGGUGCCUGCCCACCAAACCAGAGUUGCAACGUAAACAUCCGCACCGACGCGCUUGCAGCAUGGCGGGCGGAAAUCGGUGGUGAGGAGGCGGACAAGUUCGAGCUUGUUUUUAUCCUUUCCGCAGGACAGGACGAGUCUGCUACGUGGCAAGAGUUUGGAGAGAUGCGUUUCCAGUCUCGCGAAGACGUUCCCGAGGAGUUCGGCCCGCCUUCCAACAGCUCACUGCCCAACUGGGGCCGCACUAGAUAUGUUGAGUGGACGAGCUGGGCGUCCGCCGCAACAAUUUGGCCCAAUGCCGGCAGCGGCAGCAGCACACAAGGCGAAAGCAGUGGUAUGGCUGUUUACGCUCAUGAACUGAGCCAUCUAUUAAACAUUGGAGAUAACUACAACAACCCUUACGGAGUCCCCCUGCAAAGGACUUACACAGGUCCUUGGUCGAUGAUGUCAAGAGGAAGCUUUAACGGCCCUGGUGGACCUCAUACACGAUGGCAGGUUCCGGCACUCAAGGGUGGAAGCCAAGGAUCGCUACACACCAUCCGGGAUAAGGUGGUGCUGGGUCUAGCAUCGAACCAAAGCGUGGUGCAACUAACACGGGCUGGUCUUGCCGAUUCAGGUAUCGUCGUGGCGACUUUUACGGCCCGUUCUGUGGCUCCGGGACCUGGAGGGUUGAUGGGCUUGAACGUUACACUUGGAGCCGGGGGUGAUCUUUCGCCCCCUUGCAAUGUCUCCACAGAUGUGUUCUGUGACGGCCGUGGCUACCACACCUACAUGAUGGAGGUUGUAGACCGCAUGGGAAGCGACUCUUUUACACCCGACUCUGGUGUUAUGAUAUCCAAGACGAAGAACGUCGGUGCAAAUGGACAAUGGCCAUCCCAGCCGUUCCAGUGGAUGAUCGACGCCAACCCUCAAGACAUUGAGAUGGUCGACUUCAUCAGGCCCAAUGGCAGCGUUGCCAUGAUCACUCUCGGUGACUAUCGUCAGCUCUCCGACGCCCUUUUCCACGCCGGUACGCGCUCCGGAAGUGAAUACGAAUUCCGUGACGAGGCCAACCGCCUGCACUUUUACAUCCUCGAUAAACACCGCGACGCCGACGGCGUUUUGUCAUACACCGCGGCCGUGAAGUCCCUCGAUGGCUCCGGCGGACCCAGCACGCAUGGUGUUGAGCUCGCUGAAGGCGUGGUCGGCACCGCUGCCCCUGGUGCUGCUACCGAGGCCGGUCUUACGUGCUUCUUUGAGCUGGCAAACACUGGCGAGCAGAAGGCCGCCGGAGGAUCUCUGCACCCGCAGCAAAACAUUGAGGAGUUCCUGAGCUCCGACGUCUACAGGCUGACUGCGGAGGUGGAGGGCUCCGGGUGGAGGGUCGAGGCACCCAACGCGUUGGCGCAUGCCAAGUUCGGCGAGAAGGUGUGGGCGCGUGUCGCUGUUGGCGCGUCUGACGAUGCUGCUGACGAGGCUGUUGUUACUCUUCGGGCUGUUUCUGAGUCUUCUGGAAAUGUUACCGCCACGGCCGAGUGCCGCGUUACUAAGGUUUAGACCAACGCAUCAGUACUGAGCGCUACAUGGGGUAGCUGUACAUAACGAUAAUGAAAUAUCAUCUAUGCC